AACAGAAGUUGAUACUCCUGCCGACCCUUAAAGGUUCCUAAACUUAUCUCGUCUAGAUACGAGUAUGCUGAAACAAUCAUCUGAUCGGUUGCGCAAAUUUCCGGAUGCACACAUGCACUUUUAAGAAUCAUAUGGCCAGCACAUUUCCGUUGAGAUGCAUGUAUAUUUAAUCGAUUUGAAUGGUCUGAAUAACAAUUUGAACGCAAAUUAAACUUUAUACUUGAAGACGUUUUUAUAUUGAAACGUUUUAUUCUAAAAAUGUAAAUUUAUAGUUUAUAACUUACUUUCUAUUUUUUCUAAUUUUAUAAACUACAAAUAAGAUAGAAAACAAGUUAAACCAUGCUUAAAGUUACGUAUUGGUGCAAUCGGACCUUGAAUAUUUAUUAUUUACUACGUUCGAUGCAAUUUGUUUGAAGUGACGUAAUGUUUAAGAUGGACGAUCUAUAUAUGAUUCGUAUCGGACUUCUAUACUAAAAUCAUAUUUCUACUUAAUUAUCUAUGCCAUAUAUUUUAACGCGUGCGCGUGUAUAUUUUAAUAUGUAUUUUAUUACACUUUACAUCUGGAGCUAUCCUGAUUUUCUUUUUCAUUUUACGCUUUGCACGGUGUAUCAAAUUACAAAUAGAAAAUUCUUCAAGAAUUUCAGAUCAUUCGAGGCAAGAUGUUAAGUGUAAUUGCUUAAGUCGCAAUCUGACAAAAUCAGAUGUAAUUAAGCUCGGCAGACGGUUUUCUUCCUAUAUCAAGUACUUCUAGAGAAUUUUAAAGCUGCAGGUUGUGUAAAAAUAGAAAAAGGAAGUACAAUCAACAUUUAGCGAAACAUUCAAUGGGGAGAAAAAAUCUCAACGAUCCAACGCAAAGUUUCAUUUUAUUCAUUACUUUAUGAGUCAUUCGAUAUCGAGUAUUAUUGUAGACCGUAACUAUCGGUGAAGAGAGUCUGGGCUGCGCGCCGACGAGUGUCGCCCUCUCGCGAGCGUCCGGCGCUUCCUGACCUCGACGACAGUGGGCAAAAUCUGCCCCGGUGUCGUCUCCCGCGGAGUCAACGGAACGCCGUGAUGGAGCACGAAGAUUUGCGCACGCGGGGACUCGCCUCGCCGUCGACGGGACGGUACCGUGAUGUCGCGCUGACCCGGUGGUCGGCGGUGUCGCAGUAACGAGACUCCGCCGUCGUCAUCGUCGUCUCGUCUCAGUCGGAUCGAGAAAUCCGCGAGCCCGAGUCGCUCGGUACGACGACAACCGACGGAACCGUCGGGACGGUGGUAUCGUCCGAGCGCCGCAGUCGCGAGAGCAGAAUCCGCGCAAAUCCGCGUGAGAGAGUCUCCGCUUCGACGCCGAGCGCGCGUCGCGUGUUGUCGAUCGGGAGUCGAGCGACGGAGGGAGAGACAGCGCGCGCGAGAGAGAAAGAGAAAGAGAGAGAGGGACAGAGCGAGGCGGGAGGGCGGAAAGGGGGACGCUCCCCGCGCUCGCGCGAACACCUGUGCGCGGUGCUGCGGACGGAGACGGAACAGUCGCGUCCCGACGUCGCUGCCCGUCGCGUAUGCACCCGUCGCGUCGUAAACAACAAGAGGCGAAAGAGGCGGAGGAGGAGGAGGAGGAGGAGGAGCUGGAGCAGCAGCGUUAUGGAGGAGUCGCCGAGAGCGGCGACGACGGCGACGUCCUCGUACGCGUCAGGACCGUAAAGGAUCCGUCCGCGAUCUUCUCCCCCGCGUCCCGUCCCGCGACCGGGCAUUUAUUAACACGGGGGGGACCGACGUCGCGCGUUUCGGCCGGGAGUGUGCGUGCAUCGUCGUGCCUGUGCCGGAUAUCAACCCCGCGACGUGCCGCUGGUGGUGGUGUGGUCGGUGGUGAUCAUUCUCGCGGUUAGAAAAAAGGAAUAGACAAAGUGUGUGAGUGUGUGUAAGAGAGAGAGAGAAAGAGAGAGAGAGAGAGAGCGCGACGGACGGAAAAAGGGCGACGGAUCGAGCGAGGCGGACGGUCGGACAGACGAACGAACGAACGGACGGACAGACGGACGGACGGACGGCGAGGAAGGGAGGGAGCCAGCCGCGCGGGGUGCGACGAGCGAGAGCGAGAGGAAGCGGCAGCAGCGGCGACGAUCGGCCAGUCAGUGCGCCAGAAGCGACGAAUUCGACCGGCGCUCCCUUUGUUCGGCGCUUCGAGGAGACCGAGAGAGACGGAGAAAGAGAGAGAGAGAGAGAGAUUCGCAACCGCCGGUCGAGUUAAUGACGACGACGACGUUCCACGCGGCCGUCGAACGAGAUCGUUUCAUGCCAUCGACGACACGGUGCCGCCGUCCGGCGCGGUGAGGCCGACGACGACGACGAGGAGGAGGAGGAGGCUCGUGUUAUGUCGCCGCCGACGGUGCUCGCCGUCCGCGUGACUACUACUCGUCGGAGCCGGUGACGAAAGAGAGUCGUCGGGCCGAGGAUGUGACAGACGGGCGAGCUAGAGGAAGAGGAAUUCGUCGCCGAGGGAGAGUAGAGAGGGCGGUCCACGACCCCCGGCCGCAUUCGGAAAUUCGUUAACGAAAAAAAAAAAAAAACCAGUAGAACACAUUGUGCGCGGAUUUUCGCGAGUGCGAGGGAAAGUGCGUAUGUCUGUGCGUUUCGGCGAGUGAUACGCGUCCGCGAGAGAGAGAGAGAGAGAGAAAGAGGGGGAAGAGGGGGGGCGGUUCUUUGUGUGCACGGCGGCAUCGCCGCCCGCGAGAGGUGGAAUCGAUCGUCGCCGGAUCAUCGGCGGGCCGGCGAGACCCGCACCGUCGCCGACACCGGGGGGCGAAGGGUAUUUUCGCGCGCCGUCCGGGGGCACGUAAGAAUGGAACGGCGACGGCGACGACGACGCGGCGACAGCGACCGCGGCCUCGACGGCGGAGUCGUCAAACUCGCGGCAGCCCGGUGCCAAUAACCUCACACCGAGCCGAGUGUGCGUGCGUGCGUGCGUGCGAGUGCGUUAGUGUGUGCGGGGGGACAGCCGACGGCGCGGUGGUGAGUUCGGCGACGCGAUGCGCUCGCCCUCGUCGCUCGCCGGGACAGGUCGUAAAAUCGCGAGACGCUCGACGAUCCGCGCCUUCCGCGAGCGGCCGCCACCUCGUCGGGACGACGACGGGAGCGCGGGUGCGAGAGUCGUCCACCUUCGUCAGCGCGAUCGCCAGGAAUCGAGGGAAAGGAGGAAGCGAAGGAGAUCCGUAGAGCAAUAAAAAAAAAUAAAAAAAAAACUCGCCGCGAGUGCAACCCCUUCUAGUCCGCUGCAUUUUACGCGAGGGCCCCCCUUACCCGCGAGGCCCCCGGGGAAUACAACAAUAACAGUAACAAUAAUAAUAAUAAUAAUAGUACUAAAUAAAAAAACUGUGGACACUCGCGAGUUUGCGUAUACCGAUCAUGUGCCCCUCCGCAGCGUCGCCCGCGGGGCAUCUCUCCCUGGACGUAGCGCCCGGCGGCGAGGAGGACGCGAGGAUAGCGCGCUGAUCGCGACACGUGGACUCUCGAUGAUACUCGAGCCCCGACGGCGGGGGAGGGACGACGACGGAUAGGACGGAUAUACGAGGCGGCGCGAAAUCAAUGGGCACCAAUGACUAGCCUGGCCCUGUCGGCGGCGGCAAGCAGGAUCGAGAUGCCCCUCUCGAAAACGAAUCCGUUCGUGCAGGCGGGCGCGAUCUCGACGCAGCCGUACAUCUCGAGCAGCGAGAGCGGCAACCACCUGCCGCCGAUCAUCAAGGGUACCGGGCUGACCGGCAGCCUGAAGCAGACUGGUGGAGGAGGUGGCGGCGGCGGCGACGACUCGGUGGUGCCUUACGUCGGCUAUCAGAGAUUACCGUGGAAAGGCGAGAGCAUCGGCCUGAGUAACUGGCCGGUGAGUCACAACUCCAGCCACAACUCGCACUCGCAACCCAACAGCCAGUCGAGCAGUCCAGUGGUGAGAAACGGCCGUUCCGAUGGCAACUCCAACGGCGGUGCUGGAGGCCGCGGUGUCGGCGGCGGCGGCGGCGGCGGAGGAGGAGGUGGUGGAGGUGGCGAUGGAAGCGAAAACGGAGGCAACGGAAGUAACGGCGGUAGCGGAAGUGGUGGCGGUGGAGGAAGUAGCGGUGGUGGUGGCGGUGGUGGCAGCGGCGGCAGCAACAGCAUCGUCAGCGUCAAGCCGAAAACUGCCAUCAUCACGCCGGAGAUGGUGAUGAAGCUCUACAUGAACAAGCUGACGCCGUACGAGCACCACGAGAUCUUCAACUACCAGCAGAUCUACUUCAUCGGCGCGAACGCGAAGAAGCGGCCGGGCAUCAUCGGCCGGCCGAACAACAACGAGUACGACAACGAACAGGGCUCGUACAUCCACGUGCCGCACGACCACGUGGCGUAUCGCUACGAGGUGCUGCGCGUAAUCGGCAAGGGCUCGUUCGGCCAGGUGGUCAAGGCCUACGAUCACAAGACCCACGAGCACGUCGCCCUCAAGAUGGUGCGGAACGAGAAGCGCUUCCACCGUCAGGCGCACGAGGAGAUACGUAUACUGCGCAAGCUGCGCGAGCAGGACAAGGACAACUCCAUGAACAUCAUUCACAUGUUCGACUCGUUCACCUUCCGCUGCCACAUGUGCAUCACCUUCGAGCUCCUCAGCAUCAACCUCUACGAGCUCAUCAAGAAGAACAACUUCAAGGGCUUCAGCCUGCAGCUCGUCCGCAAGUUCUCGCACUCCCUGCUCCUCUGCCUGGACGCGCUCUACAAGAACAAGAUCAUACACUGCGACAUGAAGCCGGAGAAUGUGUUGCUCAAGCAGCAGGGCCGCAGCGGCAUCAAGGUGAUAGAUUUCGGUUCCAGCUGCUACGAGAAUCAACGGGUAUACACCUACAUCCAGAGCCGCUUCUACCGCGCGCCGGAAGUGAUAUUGGGCGCGAGAUACGGGAUGCCGAUCGACAUGUGGAGCCUCGGUUGCAUCUUGGCGGAACUGUUCACCGGUUUCCCGCUGCUGCCGGGCGAAGACGAGGCGGACCAGCUGGCGUGCAUCAUCGAGAUGCUGGGCAUGCCGCCGCAGCGGCUACUGCAGAACUCGAAGCGGUCGCGUCAGUUCAUCAGCUCGAAGGGCUACCCGAAGUACUGCACCGCGACGGCGAUGCCGGACGGCACGACAGUGCUAAGCGGGGGUCUCUCGAGACGAGGGAAGCUGCGCGGCCCGCCGGGCUCGCACGAUCUCGAGCGCGCCCUGAAGGGCUGUGACGACGUGCUGUUCCUGGACUUUCUCAGGCGUUGCCUGGUAUGGGAACCGGAGUGCCGGAUGACGCCGAAUAAAGCACUGAGGCAUCCGUGGUUGCGCCGCCGGUUACCAAGGCCGCCGGGCGACAAGAACGACACGCUACCGGCGGUUACGUCGGUGCAGGCCACUACCGGUUCCACCCUGAGAACGUCCGCGUCUGGCAGCAGGAGUUCCAGCAAGACUAACAGUCUGCAGAGUAGCAAUAACACUAGCGACGACAUCGCGACGAGCAAGACGACGGGCCAGCAGACAACGAGGGGAAAUCGUUUAGUGGAGGACAUGGUGUCGAGUUACGCGGGUUACUCGUACAACGCGUCCCAAUUACACGGCGGUACUUGGGGCACCACCGGUGGAUUGAGCAGCGGCCAUCAAUCAUUGAACUCCAUCAGCGGGGCUGGUGGCGGCGGCGGUGGCGGCAGGAGCUCCUGUAGCAGCAAGACUAACAGUCUGCAGGGCGUCAAUAACACCAACGACGAUAUCUCGGCGAGCAAGACGACGGGCCAGCAGACGAGAGGAAAUCGAAAUUUGGUGGAGGACGUGGUGUCCGCUUACGCCGGUUACUCCUCGGCGUACGGCGCGACCCAGCUGCACGGUAGCACCUGGGGUACGACGGGAGGACUGAGCAGCGGCCACCAAUCUCUCAAUUCCGUCAGCAGCAGGAGCUCCAGCAAGACGAACGCCAAUCAGUUGCAGAGCAGUAGCAAUGCGACGAGCGGCGACAUUCCCGCGAGCAAGACCGAACGUCAGCAGCAGAGAGAACGCACGAGCGAGAUGCCGGUGAGCUUCGAUCCGUAUACACUCGGGUUGUACGGUUGCCUGUCCGAGUCCCAGCUGCAUGGUAGUCAUCGGUCGAAAGACCAGAGCAGCAGCCACCAGUCACUCAAUUCCGUCAGCAGCAGGAGCUCCAGCAAGUCGAACGUCAAUCAGUUGCAGAGCGGUAACAAUGCGACAAGCGGUGAUAUUUCUGCGAGCAAGACCGAACGUCAGCAGCAGAGAGAGCGCCCUAGCGAGUUGCCGGUGACGAUCUGCGAUCCGUACCCACUCGGAUCGUACGGUUGCCUGUCCGAGUCCCAGCUGCACGGUACUCAUCGAUCGAGAGACCAGAGUAGCAGCCACCAGUCGCUCAAUUCCGUUUGCGACGGUCCAACGACCGGCAAGUCGCAGCGCGCUCGUCAGACGCACCAGAUGCAGCAGCAACAGCAGCAGCACAAUAAUAAUGGCGCAUCGCACGACAGCUACGGCUCUCGAGGCUCCUUGAGCAACUCCAGCCGAUUGAUACUCUCGUUCCAACCGGGCGGAAUCCAGGAGAUCCUCGAGGAGCUGAGACGAUAGGCCAAGACGUGACGUCAGUCGCGCCUUUUCUCCUCCCUUGGGCUCGCUUGCUCGCUCGCUGCUCGCGUACUAGAUAUUGUAAUUAAUGUUCGUUUUGUUCGCGAAACCAUCGCGCUCACAAACGCGAAACGGGACGCGUAAUGUAAAAACAAAAAUAAUUCGGUCCCGGUCACCUAGCGUGAAACUCGGCUGUGUCUCGCUGCCUGCCGCUUCGGGCGACGUUCCGAGGUGCGCCACCUUGACGUAGAGCGUCGAGGAGGGUUACUUGCGGUCGAGAGGGUGGGUGUCUCAUCAUCGAUCUCGAAUACACCGUUACGAUACACGCGUCGCGUUUCUACGGUUCCCGCAACUCUGGCUUCCGAUGGGGCACGAAUCGGUUAUAAUACGGCGAGAAGAAAAGAGAUCUGUUUUCCGUGUCCGUUUUGCAGAUCGGAAAACGUUCUCCCCACACCGGAUAUCAUUAACGAAAUUAAUCGAAGAAAAGAGUGAGCGAAGAAAGGCUCUUUUCACAGAUUCGAUAUUGUAACUGGUUUCACGCCUUAUGUCUAGCUACAAGAUCGAUUAAUUGGUUAUCUACAUCCUCGAAAUCAUACCUUCAACUACGACGACGUCGCGUUGCAUUGCUCUCUAGCUUGCUCGUUCUGCGCUGAAAAAAAAA